CAGAUGUGAUUCCCUUUUCACAGCCUUAGACUCCUCCUGUGUAGGAUGUAGCUUUGAGUCCGGAGAAAAGAAAAAUCAAAGUUCGGCGACUUUGGUAGAGUUAGGAGGAAAGAGCAGGUCCCACGUUGUUGUCAGCCCUCCAGGGGGUUUUGAAGCCUAUCAGGCGCCAUGUUAAUUACGGGAACAAGCAGCCAUUUUCCCGCUCCUCAUCCUUGCGGUACCUGCCUUUGAUUGGGUCACCCGGCUGGGUACUUUGUGGGAGGAAAGACAUUUCUAUGUGGUCCAGAAUGUGUUGGUGGGGUUAUUUCCCGCUCGGGACCAGCGAAGGCGACGGGCGCGCAGGCGCGUUUUGGCUGCAAGGACGUGACCGGUCCUUAGGACCCGGCGCGUCCUCUUUGUUCCCCGCGGGCGCGGGCCCGACUGAGAGGGAGUGGGGGAGGGAGAGGGCGGGGCCGUCCCCAAGCGCGCCGCCGAGGGGCAGGGCCCCCUGGCCCCCGCCCCUUCCCACGCGCCGGCCCCGUCGCCCCCGCGCGCGCACACUCGCGAGCCCAGGCGACAUGCAAAUGAGCCCGGCUCCAGUGCCCAGACCCAAGCCCCCCACUGCUCAAUGGACACCCCCAGCCCAGACCCGUUGCCUUCGCCUUUGCCCGGGGAGGAAGAGAAACCUCUGGCCUUACCUCCUCCUGUUCCCCGGGGCCGCCGAGGCCGGCGCCCUGGGGGGGCCACCUCCUCGAAUCGGACGCUCAAGGCCGCCCUCCCUCGCAAGCGGGGCCGCCCCCCCAAGUCAGGGCAGGAGCCCCCGCUGGCACAGGGGGUGACAGCCCCUGUGGGCAGCGGCGGUGGCAGCGACCUCCUGUUGAUCGAUGAUCAGGGUGUGCCCUAUACAGUCUCUGAGGGGUCAGCGGCUGGUUUGCCUGAGGGCUCCGGCCCCAAGAAGGCCCCGCACUUCUGCCCGGUGUGCCUGCGGGCCUUCCCCUACCUCUCCGACCUGGAACGCCACAGCAUCUCGCACUCAGAGCUGAAGCCGCACGAGUGCAAGGAUUGCGGCAAGACCUUCAAGCGGUCCAGCCACCUACGGCGGCACUGCAACAUCCAUGCCGGCCUGCGGCCCUUCCGCUGCCCACUCUGCCCUCGUCGCUUCCGCGAGGCGGGUGAGCUGGCCCACCACCACCGUGUCCACUCCGGGGAGCGCCCCUACCAGUGCCCUGUCUGCCGGCUGCGCUUCACGGAGGCCAACACGCUCCGGCGCCAUGCCAAACGCAAGCACCCCGAGGCCAUGGGGGCACCCCUGUGUUCCCCGGACCCAGGGCCUGAACCACCGUGGGACGACGAGGGCAUUCCGGCUACGGCAGGGGCUGAAGAGGGGGUGGAGGAGCCGGAGGGCAAAGAGCUGGCUUGACCCACACCCUGGGCCACCUGUCCUCAGGCCAGGUUUAGAGCUGGGAAUUCAGCUGGUGCUGAGCCUGGGCAGGAAAGCUGGGACGCCCUCAUACCUGGUGGUCUUCCCGUUGUGGGAGGGGGUUGAGGGUGAGGACCUAAACUCCUGGGUCCUGCUGCCUUCUGCCACCCUCCCCCGGACUGACAGGCCCCUGGAGGCAGGGGCCUUGGAAAUAAAUAUCUGCCUACUGGC